UUGACCUCAGAGUUAAUCUGCAUGAUAGUUAAUCACGCAAAGACUCUAGUAUUUCUUUCAAAUACACACACACAAGCAUAUACGCACAAAACCCUCCGCUUUCUGAAAGAAAAAUCAAAACAAGGCAAACAAAUAAACCUAAAAUGAUGGACCUGGGGGAGUGUGUGUGAGUGUGAGGGGCAUGAGUAUGUGUAUGAGUCUGCGGGAGGUUCCCUUUCCUUAUUUGUCUCCCGCGCCUCUCUCAGUACCCUCCCUGCCUCAAUUAUAUUAUUCCCCCAGACUUAGAAGCUGCUCCCUGAGCUGACGCUUUGAUGGUAUCUGCAAGCGUUUGUGCUGAUCUUAUUUCUGCCCCCUGAAUAUUAAUUCUCCCGAAGCUGGUAGCAGUACAGCUCCCCAGUGACGAGACCUACUAGAGACAGGAGGGGGGAGCCACCAUCAGAUCGUAAGCAUAAUAAUAAUACAAAGGGGAAGGAUUCUUCAGCAACCUAGAGGCUAGAGGCGAGGGGAGAAAAAAAAAAUGAGUUCGACAAAUAUAUGGAGCACAGGAAGCUCAGUCUACUCGACUCCUGUAUUUUCACAGAAAAUGACGGUGUGGAUUCUGCUCCUGCUAUCGUUCUACCCAGGCCUCACUAGCCAAAAAUCUGAUGAUGACUAUGAAGAUUAUGCUUCUAACAAAACAUGGGUCUUGACUCCAAAAGUUCCGGAGGGUGAUGUCACUGUUAUCUUAAACAACCUUCUGGAAGGUUAUGACAAUAAACUUCGACCUGAUAUAGGAGUGAAACCAACAUUAAUUCACACAGACAUGUAUGUGAAUAGCAUUGGUCCUGUGAACGCUAUCAAUAUGGAAUAUACAAUUGAUAUAUUUUUUGCCCAAACGUGGUAUGACAGACGUCUGAAAUUUAACAGCACCAUUAAAGUCCUUCGAUUGAAUAGCAACAUGGUGGGGAAAAUCUGGAUUCCAGACACUUUCUUCAGAAAUUCAAAAAAGGCUGAUGCACACUGGAUCACCACUCCCAAUAGGAUGCUGAGGAUUUGGAAUGAUGGCCGAGUGCUCUACACCUUAAGGUUGACAAUUGAUGCUGAGUGCCAAUUACAGUUGCACAAUUUUCCAAUGGAUGAACACUCCUGCCCCUUGGAAUUCUCCAGUUAUGGCUAUCCACGUGAAGAAAUUGUCUAUCAGUGGAAGCGUAGUUCUGUUGAAGUGGGUGACACACGGUCUUGGAGGCUUUACCAAUUUUCAUUUGUUGGACUGAGAAAUACCACUGAAGUAGUGAAGACAACUUCUGGAGAUUAUGUGGUUAUGACUGUCUAUUUUGACCUGAGCAGAAGAAUGGGAUACUUCACCAUCCAGACCUAUAUCCCCUGCACACUCAUCGUUGUCUUAUCCUGGGUGUCUUUCUGGAUCAAUAAGGAUGCUGUUCCAGCCAGAACUUCCUUAGGGAUAACCACUGUCCUGACAAUGACCACCCUCAGCACCAUUGCCCGGAAGUCGCUCCCCAAGGUCUCCUAUGUCACAGCGAUGGAUCUCUUUGUAUCUGUUUGCUUCAUCUUUGUCUUCUCCGCUUUGGUGGAGUAUGGCACCCUGCAUUAUUUUGUCAGCAACCGGAAACCAAGCAAGGACAAAGACAAAAAGAAGAAAAACCCUCUUCUUCGGAUGUUUUCCUUCAAGGCCCCGACCAUUGACAUCCGCCCACGGUCAGCAACCAUUCAAAUGAACAAUGCCACACACCUUCAAGAGAGAGAUGAAGAAUACGGGUAUGAGUGUCUGGAUGGCAAGGACUGUGCCAGCUUUUUCUGCUGUUUUGAAGACUGCCGAACAGGGGCCUGGAGACACGGGAGGAUACAUAUUCGCAUCGCCAAGAUGGACUCCUACGCGCGGAUCUUCUUCCCCACUGCCUUCUGCUUGUUCAAUCUGGUUUACUGGGUCUCCUACCUUUACCUGUAAAGAGGUAUGAGUGUUACUGAUAUGGGUCGUACUCACCAAAUCUCAUGGAAAGAAGACGUCCUAAAUCCACUUACAUAAUCCCCUGUGUGGCUUCUAAUGAUCUUAAUUUGUUUCUAUGUUCUAACCUGGUAAAUUGUACUCAUGUCAUAUUGUUUGCGCCCAACUCUCCUCUGGUAAGUGUAAUUUGAAUUAUAAUGUUGGUUGCAUCUCAGACCUACAAGGCAAAGUGAAAUCACAGCAAGAACACUGAAACCAAACAGGACUUUUUUUUCCAGCUAUAGUAACUGAAGUAGUGAAAGCCAUGACUUGUUAUUUAUGGUGGUGGUAUCCUUACUCAAUUCAAAAUAUACUUAGAAACAAAAAGUCCAAAACUGCACCUUAUGUUCUUUUGGGGUAAAGUGGUGAUCAAUUUGAUCCCAAUCAGUUACCUCCCUUAUUUGAGAAAAAUCAUAUCCCGAUUCAAAUAUAAGCCUAGAAUAGAAAUUUAUCACAUCUAUAUCCCAAGAUAGGAAGAAAAUUUCCUCCACAUCACAUGUACAAUGAUGUAAAUAUUUCAGUAAUGUAGAAUGCUUCAAGUUUAAUGCAUGCAUCUCUUUAGAGCCAAAACAAAUGAAUUGAAGUUAACAUCAUAAAGUAUUGUCUUUUAUUCUGUGUCUUUGGGCUAUAAAAGAAUCAUGAAUGUAAUUAUAAGGGUCUGGGUUUGGAACUGGAGGGAGGAAUUUUCUUGACUUUCUCCGUCAUGCAUGAAGACUCAAACAUCUUAUUUUUGUUUCUGUAUGACAUAUUAAAACACUUUAAGUAAAACAGAGAUUGAAUAAUUGACAUUUGCCACCUCAAAAUAUGCCCAAUUUCAUAGAGUAUAAAGUAAUUGUAUGUGCUUGCUGCUAUUUUUUCUUCCUUUUAGGAUGAUAAGUCAUAAAGAACUUACUCUCCAUCUCAAGAUCUGCUUCUAGUGAUUGUGAGUGCCUUGUGGGCAGAAUCUUUGUCAUUUCCUCUUUGGGUCCUUAGAACAUCAUACAGUGCUUGGCACACAGUUGGUGCUUCGUUGGUUUGAAGUGAAGUAGCUUCCUAUGCUCCUGGUGAAUAUCUCUGAGCUGGCCUGGAACGAGUGAUUCAUUUUUCCACAUAGGCAUUAUCUAGUGGUAUUGGAUCUGGUAGAAAUAAACAGAAGCUCCAAAGAAUUUUGGCUUUUUUGUUCAUUAUCAAACAUUUACUUUAGGCAAGGUCCAUACUCCUUUUAAAACAACAUUUAAGUCCUCUGUUUAUGUACAAAAAUGAGUCUACUAGGGCAUAAUUAGAAUUUGGGUAUUACUGUUCCAGGUUUGGAGAUGAGUCAGCUCUGACCCACCGACCAUUUCACUCGAGGACAUAUGACAGGCCUAAGUAGGAUUCAUACAUGACUGGUGUUCAGGAUGUAGGAUACUAUGCUCUGUGAAAGACACAAAAAUGGACUAAAAUUUAUAUUUAAAAUAAAUGAAAGAACAAAUGAAAGACUUACAUGGAGGCUGAGCCUAUGACUGUGUCCUCAUUCAACAAUAUUGUAAUCCCAUGAAGUGGCUGUUCCAGACUUCAGACAUGAUGAGUUGAACUCCAUUUUCAUGAACUCAAUCCUGAAUCCUUAUUUUUCUAAAAUAGCACGCUUUGUCAGUUCUUCCUUUUGGCAAUCAUUACUCUAAGUCAGAAUUCAGUCAUAGCUAUAGAUAAUCUAGAAAGAGUAGAAAAGAAGAGAAAGUGGCAUUGUUCAUAGAAAACCAUGUAAGGUUAUCAUCAAGUCAUCUGGAUGAAUCUUGAAACACAUUUAGCUGCCAAUUUUACAAGCCUUUACUGUAUCAGUGCUCUAGUAUAUAACCUCAAACACGUGUAAAUAGAAUUAUUUUCUCGUUUUGAAUUGCUGACAUAUCAAAUGUUGACUAUUUGGGAGAGUUGUUGGCACCAUUUCAAUGACAAGAAACAUGUUAGUAUUGUCCACUUGAAAUGUAUUCCGUAAUGGGGUCAUUCAAAAAAGCUAGCUUUCUAAUGUGUGCAUAGUAUUGGCAAUAUGAAUAUAUAUUAUAUAUACUUCUUAAUUAUCAGCUGCUCUUUGUCUAUGUAUUUGAAAACCUUUUCACAAAGGGAACUGCCUAUUCAAAUGUGGACUUUUACAAUAAAAAUGCUGCAUUCUAAUCCA